UCCCUGUCUUUCGUUAGAAGAUGUCCGAAAGGAAAAAGGCACGACCACCGGUGAUCCUCCGACGUAGGACAAACCGUGAUCUCCCGGACGAAAUCGUGUUGGAAAUCUUAACAAGGUUACCCGUGAAAUCACUCCUAAGAUUCAGGUGCGUUUGCAAAUCCUGGUACUCUUCCAUAGCCAACCCCAAUUUCAUCUCCACUCACUUUAAUAACAAUCAUCAUGAUGCUUAUUUCAUACACAAGCCCAACGCUAGUUUGUUUCGUUCUCACAGUCAUGAAGUCUGUACUCUCGCUUCCAACCGCACGUUUGAAACCAUAUCCGAGUUUAGAAUUCCCUUCACUUUUCAUUCUUCGUUUCCCAGAAUACUGGGUUCCUGUAAUGGCAUAUUGUGUUUCUCUGAUUAUUUUAUGUCAGCGUGUAAUGAUAUUUACUUGCUGAACCCUAGUAUUAGGAAAUUUAAGAGGUUGCCCGAUACUUGCUUGACCCAGUUAAGUAAUGUGGCACUCGGAUUUGGGUAUGAUUCCUUGAAUAAUGACUACAAGGUUGUCAGGAUUUCACUGACUCGUGUCGAACCUAUGCUUCCCCCUGAGGCUGAGGUGUACUCGUUAAGCUCGGAUUCAUAGAAAAGAAUUGGAGUUGGAUUCUCUUGGAGACCCAUUGAUUUUCGCUACCCCGGCUUUAAUAAUUAUUUGACAUUCCCAUUUGUUAGUGGGCAUGUGCAUUGGCUGAUAGAAUUGGUAAAAGAAGGAAAUGAACAGGACUGGCGUUAUACCGAUAUGAUUUUGUCAUUUGAUGUCAAUAAUGAGGAAUUCAAAGUGCUACCACUGCCUGAUGAAGGAAGUUGUUUUACAAAAUGUCUUAUGUCAUUCAAGGAAAAACUGGCUUUGUUUAAAUUUGAUAUUCUUCGCUUGAGCUUCUCAAUAUGCAACAUUUGGGUGAUGAGGGAGUAUGGUGUGUUUGAUUCCUGGAAUAAACUCUAUGUUGUACCAGUUCAAAGCUUUUCUAAUAUGAUUGGUUUAACCAAGUAUGGUUUACUUCUAAUUCGAAAUAUGCCCUCGCUGGUCUCCACCAACAGUGAAUUAGAGAGGAAAAAUAAGUCUGUUUUAAUUGACCCUGAAACUCUACAUGAGAAAGAGAUUAGUGAUCAAGUUGAUUAUCAUUUAGAUGUAGCUGAUUACAUGGAGAACCUUGCUUUACUUGAUCAAGCAAAUGUGGUAUCUUACUAAGAAGAUGGUGCUAUAUUGUAUAAGAAGUGAUGUCCUUAUAGGUAUGGAUGAAUUGGAACCCUUCUCUUGCUUUUACAUAUUGCAGUAGGCAGGGGC